UAUUUGUCUCUUCCAGUCUUUUCUGGAUAUAUAGAAAUACGACUUUCUUUUGUGAGUUUGGAAAGCUACUGAGUGUCCUGUGUUUUCAGUGGCUUAGGCUAAACAGCUCAGGUUACACUGUGUUGGGGGAGGGGGACAGCAAGUGACACAGCAUACAACAGACAUUUAUAUAACCGUGACUUCAGGGGACAGGAUUAAGCUGUGAAUGAACCUCCCAAAUCCAGGGAGAUGAUGUUAGAACCUAGCCUUUUAAUUUUUCUCUUGAGGCCGUACUUGAAAACCAGCAUCCAGGACAUCUUUCUCUCAGACUAAACUUUAAUUGCUCUCAGAUCGUCUUCCCCCUUUCCUUGUGCCUCUCAAUUCAUGGACAUACGGCAUUUUAGAAUUGAAGGGUUCGCUGAAGUCUUAAUGCGGCUGGCUGCAGAUUUAAUCCAGCGACUAACUUCACUGUAGAAACACCAACAUUUGUAUUGAUGAUUGGGGAAAGAUAGUGGCAACAGGAAAAGGAAACACAGCUCUGACACACCGAGAAAAUGAGUAUGCUAAAACCAAGUGGGCUUAAGGCCCCUACCAAGAUCCUUAAGCCUGGAAGCACAGCCUUGAAGACACCUGCUGCUGUUGCAGCUCCAAUAGAAAAAAUAAUAUCCAGUGAAAAAGCCUCAAGCACUCUGUCCUCCGAGACUCAAGAGGAAUUUGUGGAUGACUUUCGAGUAGGGGAGCGAGUUUGGGUGAACGGGAAUAAGCCUGGAUUUAUCCAAUUUCUUGGGGAAACCCAGUUUGCACCAGGUCAGUGGGCUGGGAUUGUUUUGGAUGAACCCAUAGGCAAGAAUGAUGGUUCGGUGGCAGGAGUUCGGUACUUUCAGUGUGAACCUUUAAAGGGCAUAUUUACCCGACCUUCAAAGUUAACAAGGAAAGUGCAAGCAGAAGAUGAAGCCAACGGCCUGCAGACAGCUCAUGUGUCUAGAGCUGCUUCACCUCUGUCCACUUCUGCAGCCAUGCCCUCAAAUAUUCCUCAUAAACCAUCCCAGCUAGCAGCAAAGGAAACUUCAACCACGUCUCAGAUCAGCAACCUUACGAAAACUGCUAGUGAAUCAAUCUCCAACCUUUCAGAGGCUGGCUCAAUCAAGAAAGGAGAACGGGAGCUCAAAAUUGGAGACAGAGUAUUGGUUGGUGGUACUAAGGCUGGUGUAGUCCGAUUUCUCGGGGAGACUGACUUUGCCAAAGGGGAGUGGUGUGGUGUGGAGUUAGAUGAACCUCUUGGGAAGAACGAUGGAGCUGUUGCUGGAACAAGAUACUUUCAGUGUCAACCCAAAUAUGGCUUGUUUGCUCCUGUCCACAAAGUCACCAAGAUUGGCUUCCCUUCCACUACGCCAGCCAAAGCCAAGGCCGCUGCUGUGAGGCGCGUGAUGGCCACCACACCUGCCAGCCUGAAGCGUAGCCCGUCUGCCUCCUCCCUCAGCUCCAUAAGCUCCGUGGCCUCAUCUGUGAGCAGCAAGCCCAGCCGGACAGGACUAUUGACCGAAACCUCCUCCCGCUACGCCCGCAAGAUAUCGGGCACCACUGCCCUCCAGGAGGCACUGAAGGAGAAGCAGCAGCACAUUGAGCAGCUGCUGGCUGAGCGGGACCUGGAACGGGCCGAGGUGGCCAAAGCCACCAGCCACGUGGGGGAGAUAGAGCAGGAGCUAGCCCUGGCCCGGGAUGGGCACGACCAGCAUGUCCUAGAACUGGAGGCCAAGAUGGACCAGCUACGAACAAUGGUGGAAGCAGCUGACAGGGAGAAGGUGGAGCUUCUCAACCAAUUGGAAGAGGAGAAAAGGAAGGUUGAAGACCUUCAGUUCCGAGUUGAAGAAGAAUCAAUUACCAAAGGUGAUCUUGAGCAAAAGAGCGAGAUUUCUGAAGAUCCUGAGAAUACGCAGACCAAACUGGAGCAUGCCCGCAUUAAGGAGCUUGAACAGAGCCUGCUCUUUGAAAAGACCAAAGCUGACAAACUCCAGAGGGAGUUAGAAGACACUAGGGUGGCUACAGUAUCAGAAAAGUCUCGUAUAAUGGAACUAGAAAAAGACCUAGCAUUGAGAGUACAGGAAGUAGCUGAGCUCCGAAGAAGGCUAGAGUCCAGUAAACCUGCAGGGAAUGUGGACAUGUCACUUUCCCUUUUGCAAGAAAUAAGCUCUUUGCAAGAAAAGUUGGAAGCCACCCAUACUGACCACCAGAGAGAAAUAACUUCUCUGAAGGAGCAUUUUGGAACUCGGGAAGAUGCAUUUCAGAAGGAAAUAAAGGCUCUGCAUGUGGCCACAGAGAAGCUUUCCAAAGAGAAUGAGUCCUUAAGAAGCAAACUUGACCAUGCUAACAAGGAGAAUUCUGAUGUGAUAGCUCUGUGGAAGUCCAAACUGGAGACUGCCAUUGCAUCCCACCAGCAGGCGAUGGAGGAGCUGAAGGUGUCCUUCAGCAAAGGGGUUGGAACAGAGACAGCCGAAUUUGCUGAGUUAAAGACACAAAUAGAUAAACUGAGACUAGAUUACCAGCACGAAAUAGAAAAUCUGCAGAAUAAGCAGGAUUCUGAACGGUCUGCUCAUGCUAAAGAGAUAGAAGCCCUGAGGGCUAAGCUGAUGAAAAUCGUUAAAGAAAAGGAGGAUAGCCUGGAGGCCAUCAAAUCAAGACUGGACAAAGCAGAAGACCAGCAUCUAGUGGAAAUGGAGGACACAUUAAACAAACUGCAGGAGGCUGAAAUAAAGGUAAAGGAGCUAGAGGUUCUGCAAGCCAAGUGCAGUGAACAAAGCAAGGUCAUUGGUAAUUUUACAUCACAGCUCAAGGCUGCUGAAGAAAAGCUCUUGGAUCUUGAUGCCCUUCAGAAAUGCAGUUCCGAAGGUAAAUUGGAAAUCGAGACACUUAGACAGCAGCUUGAGGCAGCAGAGAAACAGAUUAAAAAUUUAGAGAUUGAAAAGAAUGCUGAAAGUGGCAAGGCUAGUAGCAUUACCAAAGAGCUCCAGGGGAAAGAGCUAAAGCUUACUAACCUUCAGAACAAUUUGAGUGAAGUCAGUCAAGUGAAAGAGACUUUGGAAAAAGAACUUCAGAUUUUGAAAGAAAAAUUUGCUGGUGCUUCAGAGGAGGCGGUCUCUGUUCAGAGAAGUAUGCAAGAAACAGUAAAUAAAUUACACCAAAAGGAGGAAGAAUUUAACAUGCUGUCUUCUGAAUUGGAGAAGCUGAGAGAAAAUUUAUCAGAUAUGGAAGCAAAAUUUAGAGAGAGGGAUGAAAGAGAAGAGCAGUUGAUGAAGGCAAAGGAAAAGUUGGAAAAUGAUAUUGCAGAAAUAAUGAAGAUGUCAGGAGAUAAUUCUUCUCAGCUGACAAAAAUGAAUGACGAAUUGCGUCUGAAAGAAAGAUGUGUAGAAGAAUUAGAGCUAAAACUUACAAAGGCUAAUGAAAAUGCAAGUGUUCUGCAGAAAAAUAUUGGGGAAGUAACUCUUAAGGCUGAACAGAGCCAGCAGGAAGCAGCUAAAAAGCACCAGGAAGAAAAGAGAGAACUAGAGGAAAAACUGUUGGACAUGGAAAAGAAGAUGGAAAUGAACCACAACCAGUGUCAGGAUCUGAAAGCCAGGUUUGAAAAAGCCAGUUCUGAGACAAAAACUAAGCAUGAAGAAAUCCUACAGAACCUACAGAAGAUACUGUUGGAGACGGAGGAGAAGCUGAGGGCUGCCCAGGACGAGAACAGAGACUUGAUGCAAAAGAUGGAAGAACUAAAAACACAAGCUGACAAAGCCAAAGCUGCUCAGACUGCAGAAGAUGCCAUGCAGAUGAUGGAACAGAUGACCAAAGAGAAGACCGAAACUCUGGCCUCCUUGGAGGACACCAAGCAAACAAAUGCAAAACUGCAGACCGAAUUGGACACACUAAAAGAAAACAACUUGAAAAAUGUGGAAGAGCUGAACAAAUCAAAAGAACUUCUGACUGUAGAAAAUCAGAAAAUGGAAGAAUUCAGGAAAGAAAUAGAAACCCUAAAGCAGGCAGCAGCUCAGAAGUCCCAGCAGCUUUCAGCAUUGCAAGAAGAGAACGUCAAACUUGCUGAGGAACUGGGGAGAAGCAGGGACGAAGUCACAAGUCAUCAAAAG